AAUAAUAAGGUGAAGGAAAUCUAAAUCGAAGUAAAACAAACAAAACAUUUGCUAUCCAGAAAUGAUUCAUUUUAUCCCUUGAAAUGUGAAAUAAAGAACAGUCUAGAAAAUCAAACAUCUGUCCAGACUCACUUCUCAUUUUCCAUACUUACAUGAAGAUUUUGAUUGGCCUGUUUUGGACUCAAUGACUGUAAACAUAAAAACAUUAGACACAGAGGUUAUAGAAACUGAUGAAGUUAUAUAUAUUAUAUAGCUGUUUUCUGUCCUGGCCUGUUUAGUUAGGUUAGGCCUGUUGAGGUUACUUUAGGUUGUUUUUUUUUUUAAGGAAAACAUGAAAAUAUCUCACCUCUGCAGCAAACAAAUUGCUAUUAAGAAUGUGUAUCAAUCAAUGUUGUUGCUUUUAAACUGUUUCGUAGUUUGUUUUAAACUUUUGCUUUGGUGUGACCAGGUUGUCGUGUGUUGCAUAUUUCUGCCCAGGUCCCUUUUGAAAAUGAGAUCCAGCUCUCAAUGGGUUAAAUAGAGGAAAUAAAAAAAUAAUAAUUCCAGUUUCACUGUUAUCAUAAUUUAUUGUGUCCACGCACCUUAAGCACCUUAUUUGGCCGUGUGGCAGUUUGACGCCAAACAACGCGAACAGUCUACGAGAAAACUGGAACAUAAUACGUCGUCGUGCCGUUAUGUUACAAAUAAUCGUGGUCAUGUGAAAUAUUUCGUAUAUAUACGAUAUAUACCGAUCGUCACCGAUAUCUCUUGUCCGCAGCAUACGCUCCUCCAACACGAAUCAGGUGAACAAGUUGACCAUGGCCUCCAAGCAGUCGACUGUCCUCAUUCAGGGGUCCGGCAGCAGCGGCAGCGACAUGUUGGAGGGCCCCAGGGGGCCCCGGCGGGCGGAGGACAACGAGCAAGACAUGGUCCAGUACAGCUACUCCUUCUUCCACUUCAUGCUCUUCUUAGCUUCCCUCUACAUAAUGAUGACACUCACCAACUGGUACAGCCCAGACGCAGACUACACCAUAACAAGCAAGUGGCCAACAGUGUGGGUAAAGGUCUCCUCGAGCUGGUUGUGUUUGGCCCUUUACAUUUGGACCCUUGUGGCCCCUAUGAUUUUCCCCAACCGAGACUUCAGCUGAUGCUGUGACGAGGGACAGAAUAAUUUCUUGUGGAGAUGGACCUGGAACGGCGGAUCUGUCUGACCAGGAUUUGUUUGUAGAGAAUUGGCGAUCAGGUUAAGUGUGCCAAAAGAUGAGCAAUCCACGGAAACAUCUGUUGUGUCAUAUACAGCUUGGGGUUCUCCUUAUGUACCAUUUAAAGGGUGUAUCUCUGCACUAUGCAUUUAUUUAUUUAUAUAUAUAUCUCGUUUGUGUUUUUGACCUUAAAAUAAGAAGUACGCUGCUCUUAGGGAAGACAAAACCAGAAAUAUGACAUGUAUUUUUGAAGAGCUUUACAUACACCUAAGAGAGAAUAGAGUCUAACAAGAGAAUAAUAACCCAGAAGUCAACAUGAGAGCCUAGUGGCUUCCUGUAGUCAAGAAGGGGAAGUGGAGAACUACAGCCAGAUUAAGUUAGGAUUUUUAUCAAGAUUUGACAGCUAAUAAUCAGAAGGAUAAUGUUACUUGGACACGUGGUGAUGGGCUACUGCUGCACGUAGGCAACGCCUGAUACUUUCACGGCCUUGAGAUGUUGCUCAAGGCCGUGGGACUGAGUCUAUUCCCUCGCUCCCUUCCUUCCAGACUGCUUUCAAACUAGUUUAUGAAAUCAGAAACACAUGGCAGUUUCUGAGUUCAGAAACAUGCAGCUUACAAAAUAUUCUAUCCCAGACAUGAUAACGAGUCUUAUCGGCCGCCUGGUGCAUUCCACAGAGCUAUCACUCCUAAACUGCCUGAGACUGGCCGCACAGAGCUCUCCCCACCUGUCUUAUGACCCUGCACAGAGUUAAAAUAGCAGGUUUAAUGACCCGAGAUUAACACACAUCCCAUACAAUAUUUUCAGACUCAAACAUGCUCAGUUGGAAGAUUAAUACUUGAGCACCAACUAUAAAGCCUUAAAA